GUGGGUCGCAGGCGUGGGCCGGUGCUCGGGUCGCUGAGCACCGCGGACGCGAAGCCAGAGGAGAAUCGGCCAUUUUGGACGGGAGGGGUGGGGGAAGAGGAGGAGGAGGAGGAGGGGGUCCCCUCAGCCACCACGUGAGAUAGGAGAGCCCGGAGAGGGAGCGAUCGGGCGAGAGCGGAGCAGAGAACCAGGGGAGGACAGGGGGAGAGACGUUCACAUGUGCUGAGCUCCGGCGGACACCGGAACAAUGCCGACAGCCGUGCUGCCGCCAAAGGAGAACGCCCUCUUCAAGAGGAUCCUGAGGUGUUACGAGCACAAGCAGUACAGAAACGGCCUGAAGUUCUGCAAACAGAUCCUGUGUAACCCCAAGUUCACCGAGCAUGGUGAGACGCUGGCCAUGAAGGGGCUGACCCUCAGCUGCCUGGGAAAGAAGGAGGAGGCCUAUGACCUGGUUCGACGGGGGCUUCGCAAUGACCUGAAGAGUCAUGUCUGCUGGCACGUCUAUGGCUUGCUGCAGAGGUCGGACAAGAAGUACGACGAAGCCAUCAAAUGUUACAGGAAUGCCCUGAAGUGGGACAAGGACAACCUCCAGAUCCUGAGGGACCUGUCACUGCUGCAGAUCCAGAUGAGGGACCUGGAGGGCUACAGGGAGACCCGGUACCAGCUGCUCCAGCUCCGGCCCGCACAGAGGGCCUCCUGGAUCGGCUACGCCAUCGCGUACCACCUGCUGGAGGACCACGACAUGGCCUCCAGGAUCAUCGAGGAGUUCAGGAAAACGCAGCAGACGUCACCCGACAAAGUGGACUACGAGUACAGCGAGCUGCUGCUCUACCAGAACCAAGUCCUCCGUGAGGCGGGUCUCCACAAGGAGGCGCUAGAGCACCUCAGCACUUAUGAGAAGCAGAUCUGCGACAAGUUGGCCGUCGAGGAGACCAAAGGGGAGCUGCUGCUGAAGCUGGAGCGCAUGGAGGAGGCGGGCGAGGUGUACCGGCAGCUGCAGGAGCGGAAUCCAGAGAACUGGUCCUACUACCGCGGGCUGGAGAAGGCCUUGAGGCCGGCCACCCUCGAGGAGAAGCAGAAGAUCUACGAGGACGCCUGGGUGAAGUUCCCCAAAGCCCUGUUGUCUCGGAGACUCCCGCUAAACUUCUUAAGAGGUGAGAAAUUUAGGGAUUGCCUGGAUAAAUAUUUAAGAAUGAAUUUCAGCAAAGGAUGCUCCCCUGUGUUUACCACCCUGAAGUCGCUGUACACCGACGAGGAGAAGGUGUCUAUAAUUGAAGAAUUAGUGGUCGGCUAUGAAUUGUCUUUAAAACGCUGUCAGAUGUUUCAUCAAAAUGAUGAUGGGAAGGAGGAGCCUCCCACCACUUUGCUGUGGGUGCAAUACUUCCUGGCUCAGCACUAUAACCAGAGCGGCCAGCAAGGUCUGGCCCUGGACUACAUCAACGCCGCCAUCGAGAGCACACCCACUCUCAUCGAGCUCUUCGUGGUCAAAGCCAAAAUCUACAAGCAUGCGGGGAAUAUCCGGGAAGCGGUGCGGUGGAUGGACGAGGCCCAGGCCCUGGACACGGCCGACCGCUUCAUCAACUCCAAGUGCGGCAAGUACAUGCUGAAGGCGGGCAUGGUGAAGGAAGCCGAGGAGAUGUGCUCCAAGUUCACGCGGGAAGGAGCCUCGGCAAUGGAGAACCUGAAUGAGAUGCAGUGCAUGUGGUUCCAGGCAGAAUGUGCUGUGGCCUACAGGUCCACGAGGAAUUACGGCGAGGCGCUCAAGAAGUGCCACGAGAUCGAGAGGCACUUUGUGGAGAUCACGGACGACCAGUUCGACUUCCACACGUACUGCAUGAGGAAGAUGACCCUACGCUCCUACGUGGAUCUACUGAAGCUGGAGGACGUGCUGCGCAUGCACCCCUUCUACUACAAGGCCUCGCGGACGGCCAUCGAGAUUUACCUCGGCCUGCACGACCACCCGCUAGCCGACGACAACAAGGAGCUGAAGGCCGACAUUGCCAACCUGACCGACAAGGAGCUGAAAAAGCUGCGGAACAAGCAGCGGCGGGCGCAGAAGAAGGCGCAGCUGGAGGAGGAGAAGAAGAACGUGGAGAAGGAGAAGCAGCUUAAGAACCAGAAAAAGAAGAAGGAAGAGGAUGACGAGGAGAUCGGCAGCCCCAAAAAGGAGCUGGUGCCGGAGAAGCUGGCGAAGGUAGAAAAUCCACUGGAGGAGGCCGUUAAAUUCUUAACUCCUUUGAAAAACCUGAUGAAGAAUAAGAUAGAUACGCAUCUGCUGGCAUUUGAGAUCUACUUCAGAAAAGAGAAGUUCCUGCUGAUGCUGCAGUCGGUGAAGAGGGCCUUCACCAUAGAUCCUGAGCACCCUUGGCUCCACCAGUGUUUAGUACGUUUCUUUAGAGCAGUGUCCCGGAGUAAAGACUUAGCAGAAGGAGUGCAGUUGGUGCUGAGACAGGAAAUCGCCAGGCUGUUCGGCAACUGCGACGCCAAGAGCUUUAACGAGGCUUUCCUCAGCAAGCACUCGGACUCCAUUCCUCACAGAUUAGCAGCUGCCAAAAUGAUGUACUACCUGGAUUCCUCCAUGGAGAAGAAGGCGGUUGAGCUGGCCAUAGCGUUGGAUGAGUCCCUCAGCAACCGGAGCAUCCAGAUCUGCACAGAAGUGCUAGAAAGCUUACGCAACGGAAGCCUGGGCAAUAGCAAGGAGGAGGCGGAGGCCUACCGGGCAGAGUGCCAAAAGCUGUUCCCCUACACGUUGGCGUUCAUGCCACCGGGGUAUGAGGAGACCAUGAAGGCCGGCGUCAAUGGGGACGUAAGCGCCGAGAACGAGGAGCUGGCCAAUGAGAUGUGAGGGGGGGGGGCAUGAGGCAUCUGCGGAUGGAGAUGGGCUAGCGGACGAGGAGGGAAGACACCACCAUUUCUGAGCAGCACCGCCCCGGCUCUCCGUCGCCCCCUACAGUGCUGGCUGUGACCUGGAUUAGGAGUGUGUUGGAAAGGCAGAGAAAGAGGGGGGAAGAGAGAGAGAGUAAAAAUAGCCAUUUUACCUUUCUAAUGUCGCUGACAUCAGCUCUCUAACUGAACAAAAAUGGCUAAAAGCAUCUCUGAGACUGAACCACUGCUGGUGUUCUCUGAUGAGCCAAUAGCGGCUGCAUCGGCUGUGUUCCAGUAUCUAUUUCCCAAGUUUUUUAAGUAAACUGUGUGGAAAGGCUCUUUGUUUGGGGGGGUGGGGGGGUGAGUCCUCAUCCUGCUGAUUGGUGGGCUGCUCCACUAUGGUGCUCCUCAGGAAAGCAGCCAGCAGAUGGCUGGCUCUCUCAAACAGAGGUGGAGGUCAAAGACCACAGGUGUGAGGUACGUCUGGUCCGCUCUUUGGAUUGUCCCACCUCCGGGCAGCUGAACAUGUGAUGGUUUAUGAUGUCCGCCAUAUCUUCUUAGUUUGACUGUUACAUACAUGCAUUCAUAUAUAUCUCUCACCCAGGAUCAUCCCCGAAACAUAUCAGAUCAUGUAUUGGGUCUAGAAAUGAAACACCCCCCCAGGGCAUUCAUGGAUUUUUAAUACUGACCCUCCCUGACACAAACAGACAUGGUAUCAGCCAUCUUGAGUGAGAUCACACACCUAAGGACUGAGCAGAGCGUGUCCCCCAUUGACCAGUAGGAGGUGCUGUUGGGUGUUCGCUGGUUCCGCCCUCUAAGGUGCCACCCUGUACAGUCAGAAAGAUAUACCUCUGGAUCUUUCACAAACACCAAGUUUGUUAUACCUAUAUGCCCCAUGUUUGGGGGGGGGGGACUAAAGAAAUGGAUUUUCUGGUUCAGAAAUUCAAGAGAAACCCCACCCUUUGUACAUUUUCAAAAUGGGGGGUGAUUAGUAAAUAUAUAAUUAUAAUAAUUGUAUUUUUAUUGUUCCGAGACGGCUUCCUCCUUUUCUCUUGUGGAGCUCACUAGCCUCACUCUCGAGCACGUAAGAGGUAUCAAACACGAGAUGCAAUAAAGCUGUUUUGACAACC